AGCUUUGAUCUUCUGCGAAAAAAAUUAAAUAACGAGUAGUUAUAAAAAUAAUUUUAUUUGAAGUUGAUCAAAAUAACAUGAACAUAUAGGAGUAAAAUAAUCUGGCGAUUAUAGGAUAGACUGACAGAUGUCUUUAUCUUUCUGCCAGUUACAGUGUUGAGGUGGAGACAAGUCCCUUGUCGUCUGCUCUGUCAUUUCCUUCACCCUAAUGUCAUUGUGAUGAGAGGGUCAACACUGUUGUUGUGGUGAUACAAGCCAGUAGGAUGUUGACCAUUGAGGUAUACUCUGCUGCACUCCAACCCACAAGGACAGGGGCUCGUCAGGAAAACUGAUCUUCAUCUUCAACUCGUCAGUCACGUGACACGACACGCGUUGACCCCGAUGCAUGUCAUCACAUUGGACUGCAGGCUGACGGUGUCGAAUGAUUUCUUUACCCGGUCUUUGCUCAUCUUGUUGUUAGUCGGCUGCUUAAUGAUUUCCAGUCAAGUGAUAAGACUGUCGAGGAAAUGAAAUUGUUUGGUGCAGUCAUGCGCAGUCGCAGCUUACAUGUCUUCAUGGCUGAUCUUCGUUUUUUCAUUACUUAAGCAGUUUGCAAACCGGUUCGUAAUUGAAACACGUGUGAGAAUGGGUUGCAAACAAUCUAGUCACGUGACUGUCGGGUUGAAGAUGUAGAACAGUUUACCUGACGCCCCUCCGUCUCUAAACCGCGAGGGGUUAGAAUGUAGCACAGUUCGUGUUCACCUCCGCGGCCAACUGUUUCCCUGGCUUGUGUAACCGCCAACGGUGUUGACCGAGAACCCCCUGACCCCGCCUUCCUGCCUCUCGAUGACGUCAUGAGAGUAGAGGUCAGGGGGCAGGAAGUAGAACAGAGCAGACAGAAAGUACAUGAAAUCAAAAUGGCGGCGGAAGAGCCACAGAAGCAGGUGGACGACACUUUGUCUGGAACCACGCCUGGACAGGCUGGAACUUUGAACUUUGUAGAAGGUGAAACUCAGCCUGUGAGCUACAUUCUGGAAGGAUGGGCUCUCCCUCCAAAGAUGCCCCGCGUGACGAGCUGGGAAACUCACAUCGCAGGACUUCGCUCCCUUCAGCUCCGUGAAGAUGACAUCUUCCUCUGUGCUUACCCCAAGGCAGGAACUCACUGGCUGUGGGAAGUGCUGUCCAUGCUGCUACAGGGCAAGGCUCAAUACGAUAACCGUGUUAAGGAACAGUUGAUGAUGGAGAUCAGCGACCUAGACAAACUGGAACAAACGCCUUCCCCUAGGAUCUUCAACUCGCACCUGCCAUUUUUUAUGUUACCAUGGAAACAGAUGAAAGAGAAGAAGUCAAAGGUGCUACACGUGUACCGAAAUCCCAAGGACUCGUGUGUGUCGUAUUAUCAUCACAUGAAGGGAUUUAAACACGACAUAUUCCACAACAUGGCCUUCGAUGAGUAUUUCGAACUGUUUUUCUAUGGAAGAUUGCACUUUGACAACUAUUUUGAGCAUCUCAAGCAAGUACAUAAAUUUACUCAGGAAAAUCCAGAUGUGCCACUGUUGUCUCUGUCAUUUGAAGACAUGAAGAAGAAUCCUGUAGACAAUGUGAAAAAGCUGGCCAAGUUCCUGGGCAUUGACCUCCCAGACACAGUGUAUGAAAACAUCGCCGAGGCUUGCAGCUUCCAGAACUUGAAGCGGAAUGCAGAAUUCAAAACACGUGAUCCUCCUCCUCCUCUUCCUCAUCCUCCACCUAAAGAUGUCAUCGGCGAUGAAAAGGACCAUUUGUUCUUAAGAGCUUAUAGGAAAGGAGAAAUCGGGGACUGGAGGAAUUACUUUACAGAAACCCUGAACGAGAGAGUGGACCCUUUCAUAGAGAAGCAGAUGGCGGGACUUUCCUACAUUAUGCAAUACUCGUGAUGCUGAGAACCGACUGAGUUCAUUUCCUCUGAGGUCAAAAACAGACGCAAGCAGGGACCAUCAGGCUACAAUAUUCUUUCAAGAUUCAAGAUUCAAGAUUCAAGAUUUCUUAAAUUAAAAUGUCACCCUUGAAGGAAUAUUGAGAUAUUCGAAAAAGAUGCAGAUAUAUCUACCUUCAGACAUAUUCUUAUCUAUCUUUAUAUACAAUAUCUCUCACUCAUACCCACACACCCACCAUCCACACAGACAAACAUAUUUCACUGGUCGGUUUAUAAUAAAUAAUAAAAUAGCUUUCCAAAGCAGCUAAGGACUGUGAUAUCACGGUAGUUAUUUGGAUCACUUUGUGUUUAAACGUUGGUGUUAUAAUACCUGUUGCCCAUUCUGUAGGAACAUAACCUGUUGCCUUUGGCUGUGAGAGAUUUUUAAAAAUCCAUUUAUUGUUGUCACAAACAAAACUCGACUACAGAUGUACAAAGAAAGUGUAAAACUCGGUAUCCACUUGAUUGAUCCAGUGUAGACUACUGUCUGAUGAGUUUGUAAUCCUACUUGUGGAGUUUUCUUCUGACAAUCUGAGAAUAAAAGUUAUGUUAUUUUUAAA